UCAUUCUCUACCCUUCCUCGUUCCUUUCUUCCGUCCUGCAUUCUGCGCCUCAUUUUGCUCUCGUUCUCUCUUCUCCCAAAUUGUUCUCUCUCUUCCCUCUUUUCCUCGUUCUUACUCUCACACAGAGCCAUGUGUGGAAUUCUAGCUGUUCUAGGUUGCGCCGAUGAUUCCCAGGCCAAGAGGGUUCGAGUUCUUGAGCUCUCUCGCAGGUUAAGGCACCGUGGUCCCGAUUGGAGUGGGUUGUUCCACCAUGGAGAUUGUUAUCUAGCACACCAACGGCUUGCGAUAAUCGAUCCUGCUUCUGGAGAUCAACCUCUGUAUAAUGAGGAUCAGAGCAUCGCCGUGACGGUUAAUGGUGAAAUUUACAACCAUGAAGAACUAAGAGCUCAAUUAUCCAACCACAAGUUCAGGACUGGAAGCGAUUGUGAGGUUAUUGCACAUCUGUAUGAGGAACAUGGUGAAGAUUUCAUUGAUAUGUUGGAUGGCGUUUUCUCUUUCGUUCUGCAUGAUUCAAACGAUAACAGUUUCAUUGCUGCUCGUGAUGCGAUUGGUGUAACACCCCUCUAUAUCGGAUGGGGACUUGAUGGCUCUGUCUGGAUUUCUUCGGAAAUGAAAGGGCUUAAUGAUGACUGUGAACAUUUUGAGCAGUUUCCUCCCGGCCAUAUCUACUCCAGUAAACAAGGUGGAUUAAAGAGAUGGUACAAUCCAGUUUGGUUUGCCGAGUCCAUUCCUUCGACUCCAUUUGAUCCUCUUGUUUUGAGGAAGGCAUUCGAGAAUGCUGUCAUUAAAAGGCUCAUGACAGAUGUUCCCUUUGGGGUCUUACUAUCUGGUGGAUUAGAUUCUUCAUUGGUUGCUUCUGUCACUGCUCGCCACUUGACCGGAACCAAAGCUGCCAAACAGUGGGGCUCUCAACUCCAUUCCUUCUGCGUCGGGCUAGAAGGAUCACCUGAUUUGAAGGCUGCAAAAGAGGUUUCCGAGUACCUUGGCACUGUCCACCAUGAGUUUCACUUCACAGUGCAGGAUGGUAUUGAUGCCAUUGAGGAUGUUAUCUAUCAUGUUGAAACCUAUGACGUUACUACCAUCAGAGCAAGCACCCCUAUGUUCCUAAUGUCGCGCAAAAUCAAGUCUUUAGGGGUGAAGAUGGUGCUGUCAGGGGAGGGUUCUGAUGAGAUUUUUGGAGGGUAUUUGUACUUCCACAAGGCACCAAACAAGGAAGAGUUCCACCGGGAAACUUGCCACAAGAUAAAAGCCCUUCAUCAAUAUGACUGUUUGAGGGCAAACAAAGCAACCUCUGCAUGGGGCAUUGAAGUUCGUGUCCCAUUUCUGGACAAAGCAUUCAUAAACGUUGCUAUGAGUAUUGAUCCUGAGUGCAAAAUGAUCAAGCCUGAUCUUGAGAGAAUUGAGAAGUGGGUGCUGAGGAAAGCUUUUGAUGACGAGGAGAAUCCUUAUCUGCCCAAGCACAUACUGUACAGGCAGAAGGAACAAUUUAGUGAUGGAGUUGGGUACAGUUGGAUUGAUGGACUUAAAGCCCAUGCAGCACAGCACGUAACUGAUAAAAUGAUGCUGAACGCCGAACAUAUUUAUCCACACAACACACCCAACACUAAAGAGGCCUACUAUUACCGCAUGAUAUUUGAAAGGUUCUUUCCUCAGAACUCUGCAAGGCUGACCGUACCUGGAGGGCCGAGCGUCGCCUGUAGCACGGCGAAGGCCAUUGAGUGGGACUCUCAGUGGUCGAAGAACCUGGACCCCUCCGGCCGAGCUGCUCUCGGUGUUCAUCUGUCUGCUUAUGAUCCACAAGAAUCAAUUACUCUUGUGGCAGGGAAGGGCUCAGCUAAGAUCAAUAAUAAGAAACCGAGGAUGGGAGAUAGGGCAGCUCCAGAACUAAUUGUUAGUUCCUGAUACCUCAACAAAGACCUGCUUUUCACAGAGCUCUUAAGCUUUUAGUUUCUAAUAUGUUUUAAUUAAGCCUUCAAACUAUAUAAGGAUAUGUAAAAUUGCUGUGAACCUCGAUUAUGAAUGUGCUGCUUCUAUUUUUAAUGAUUAAAAGACCUUCGUAGUAUUUUUCCUU